AUGAAUGAGAGAGAAUAUUACAGUGACAAAGUCACUGAAACUGAUGAGAAGCUUACCAAAAAGGAGAUUGAAGAUCAUGUUCAGCCUAAAGCCAAAAAAUCAUCAGAUAGUCAUGUCCUUCAUGUUUACGACGAAUCUUGGGAUCACACUGUACGAGAAUUACUUCGUUUGUCUGAUAAAGUUGAAAAUGCUCCGGAAUGGACUAUUUCGCAGUUAUACCAUUCUGACCAUACAGAUGAUGAUAAUAAAACAGACAGCAAAUAUCAACAAUUGGAGGUCAACAAAUCAAUAUUUCAUUAUUAG